CUCAUGACAGAGAGUAUGACAGUCAAACUCACCAGGAGUUUAGAGGUGUCAACACCAGCAGCUACGACUUUGGAUCUCUUGAAAACUGGUUUUCAUGACAUGUCCGGUUGUAUUUAAAGGAGUGAAGACAUGAUGAAUGGAGAAACAAAGACUUUAACUUUGGAGGACACAGAGAAAGGAGGGGCCGUAGUCACAGGAAUCAAAAAGCCUGCAAUUAACCUGCAGGAAGGAAAUCAGUUUGUUUCGGCAACAAUUCAUCUGGACCACCUCAGUAAAGAUGAAGUGCUAGAACUGAUCAGAAUCGUUAAGCCCUAUGACAACAACCUUGAACUUAAGACAACAAAAGACCUAAAAGCAGGAGUGUCCCUUGGUGAUCUCCGAUUGAACAGUGAGGCAGGACUUCAAGCACCGGGUGUUCAGGUUAAUGGGCUAAAUGGACAGAUAAAUGCCCCAAGCCUCAAGGGUGGCAUCUCAACCCCAACAGUAAAUGCAGAAAUGCCACAGAUGGAGUUAAAGGAUGCCACACCAAACUUCAGCCGCCCAGGGUUCAAAAGGCCAACUUUUGGCAUGUCUGCACCAAAUCUCGAAGGAGCAGGUCUGGAUGGCACAUUAGAAGCACCUGAUGUCAGUGUCUCCUCCCCUAGUCUAAACACUCCGGAUGUUUCUGUUAAUGUGGAUAAACCUGAAUUGAAGACAAAAACGUCCAAGUUCAAAAUGCCCAACUUCGGUUUACCGGCUAAAAAACCAAAGGUUAAUGGUAAUGUGAAUUUAACCACCCCAGACAUAAACGCUGACCUAAAAAACCCCGAUUUAAAUCUGUCAGCCCCAAAGAUUAAUGGAGAAUUUAACUCCCCUGAAGUAGACAUGACCUUGCCAACAACUCAGCUCAGUGGUCCAAACUUGGACAUUGAAACACCAAAAGUGAAUACUGAACCUCCUUCUACCAAGUUUAAAUUUCCAAAAUUUAAGAAAACAAAAACGACAAAAGUAAAAGUCCCAGAGGCGAAUGUUGAUGCAAAUCUAAAUACACCAAAUCUUGCACUUUCUGUCCCGAAAUUAAAUGCAGAUGUCAGUGCACCAAAUGUUGACAUUGAUCUGCCAAGAGCCAAUCUUGAAGCUCCAAACAUAGAUAUUCAAACUCCUGAUGUCGAUAUAGAUGCUCCCUCUGGCCAAAUUGAUGUUCAUGCUCCAUCUGCAAAGCACAAGUUCCCAACUCUUAAAAUGCCAAAGCUAAGCUCAUAUAAAUCAAAGUCGAAAACUCCAGAUCUAAAUGCAGGGAUACAAGCAUCAGACAUGAACAUGUCAGCUCCUAGAGUAGAUUUGAAUCUUCCAAAAGCUGAACUGGAAGGACCUAAUCUAGAUGUCAAGGCACCAAACCUCAACCUCUCUGCACCAGAUCUAGACAUUAAAACUCCUGCUGUUGAUGUGCAGGCACCAGAUAUCGACAUAGAAGCUCCAUCUGGAAAGCUAAAGAAGCCGCAUGUUAAACUGCCUAAAUUAAAUCUAUCUGGGUCAAAAAUUAAAGGUCCAGAUGUAGACCUCAAUGCACAGGGAGAUCUCCAAGCACCAAACCUCAACCUCUCUGCACCAGAUCUAGACAUUAAAACUCCAGCUGUUGAUGUGCAGGCACCAGAUAUCGACAUAGAAGCUCCAUCUGGAAAGCUAAAGAAGCCGCAUGUUAAACUGCCUAAAUUAAAUCUAUCUGGGUCAAAAAUUAAAGGUCCAGAUGUAGACCUCAACGCACAGGGAGAUCUCCAAGCACCAAACCUCAACCUCUCUGCACCAGAUCUAGACAUUAAAACUCCAGCUGUUGAUGUGCAGGCACCAGAUAUCGACAUAGAAGCUCCAUCUGGAAAGCUAAAGAAGCCACAUGUUAAACUGCCUAAAUUAAAUCUAUCUGGGUCAAAAAUUAAAGGUCCAGAUGUAGACCUCAAUGCACAGGGAGAUCUCCAAGCACCAAACCUCAACCUCUCUGCACCAGAUCUAGACAUUAAAACUCCAGCUGUUGAUGUGCAGGCACCAGAUAUCGACAUAGAAGGUCCAUCUGGAAAGCUAAAGAAGCCGCAUGUUAAACUGCCUAAAUUAAAUCUAUCUGGGUCAAAAAUUAAAGGUCCAGAUGUAGACCUCAAUGCACAGGGAGAUCUCCAAGCACCGGACCUAGACCUAAAAGCUCCAGAUCUCAGUCUUUCAGCACCAAAAGUGGAAGGCAAAUUAAGUGGUCCAGAUGUGGAUCUGAACUUGCCAGAUUCGGAUCUGAACUUGCCAGAUGCUAAUAUCAAAAGUCCAAAUGUAGAUCUCAAAGCCCCAGGCAUUGACUUAAAUGCUCCUAAAAUAGACAUUGAUGCCCCCUCUGGCAAAGUCAAGCUACCUCACUUGAAGUUUCCCAAGUUUGGUCUUUCUGGACCUCGGGUUAAAGCGCCUGAUGUAGAUGUGAACAUCCCUACAGCAGAACUCAAGGGACCUAAUGUAGAUGUUAAAACACCUGAUCUUAGUCUUUCCACGCCUAAAGUUGAAGGUGACAUUUCUGCUCCCUCUUUAGACAUUGAUUUGCCAAAAGCCGACUUAAAAGCUCCAACUGUGAAUAUUGGGGGAAAGUCACCAAAUCUCUCCACUCCAGAUGUAGACAUAAACUUGCCAAAAGCAGAGCUUGAAGGACCUGAUGCAAACCUAAAAGUCCCAGAUGUUGACAUUAAUGCCACAUCUGGAAAAUUUAAGAUGCCACAUUUCAAUUUGCCAAAACUGAAUCUGUCUGAGCCAAAAGUAAAAGGGCCUGAGCUGGAUGCUAAUGCAGAUCUAGAUCUCUCAGUUCCCAAACUCAAAGGAGAAUUAACUGACCUAAAUCUUCCCAAAGCUGAGAUCAGUGUGCCUGAUGUGAAUGCAACUUUACCAAAAGCUGAAGUCAGUGUCCCCAGUGUAGAUGUCAGUUCCCCAGAUUUAAAGGCUCCAUCUGGAAAGUUUAAACCGAUUACGUUUAAGAAAUCAAAAGUUGACCUUUCCGGUCCAAAAGUGAAGAGUCCUGGGAUUGACUUAAAUGCAGAAGCUCCCGAUCUCAGCCUCUCAGCUCCAACAGUUGAUACAGAUGUCAAAGUGCCAGAUGCUGAUAUAAAGCUUCCCACUGCAGAUGUUGACAUCAAUGCUCCCAAAGGAAAGAUGAAAUUCCCAACAUUCAAAAAGUUUCACCUGUCUGGUCCAAAAGUCAAAUCUCCUGAUGUUGACAUUGCUGCUGAUGUAAGUGGACCAGAUCUAAACCUAUCUGCACCUGAGGUUGGUAGUCCUGAUGUUAACGUGAGUCUUCCCAAUGCUGGGCUUGAUGUAGAUGUUCCCACUGCAGACGUUGACAUCAAUGCUCCCAAAGGAAAGAUGAAAUUCCCAACAUUCAAAAAGUUUCACCCAUCUGGUCCAAAAGUCAAAUGUCCUGAUGUUGACAUUGCUGCUGAUGUAAGUGGACCUGAUCUAAACCUAUCUGCACCUCAGGUUAAUAGUCCUGAUGUUAACGUGAGUCUUCCCAAUGCUGGGCUUGAUGUAGAUGUUCCCACAGCAGACGUUGACAUCAAUGCUCCCAAAGGAAAGAUGAAAUUCCCAACAUUCAAAAAGUUUCACCCAUCUGGUCCAAAAGUCAAAUCUCCUGAUGCUGACAUUGCUGCUGAUGUAAGUGGACCAGAUUUGAACCUAUCUGCACCUGGGGUUGGUGGUCCUGAUGUUGACUUGAGUCAACCAAACACUGGGGUUGAUGUAGAUGUUCCAGGCAUCAAUGCUGAAGCUGAGGGCUCCAAGCGUCGGGUAAAAUGGCCCUUCAAAUGGCGUAAAUCUAUGGAAUCAAAGGAUGAGGAUAUUAACGGUAAAGCACCAGAAGUAGAUGGUACCACUUCAGAAAUAAAACUCCCCAAAAAUAUACCUAUCUUCAAAACUCACAGUUUGCCUGCCAGCGUCAUUGACAGUAUCUUGCAAGAACGCAGUGGAGCGGUUGACCUCAGUACUGACCCUACGAAAACAAUAACUGACACGGCUGUCUCUGUCUCGUCAGUCAAGACAAAUCUGAAAGUUUCAUCUCCAUCUGUUGGAGUCAAUGGACAGACAGUCGCUGUAGAUGUCCAGGAAAGGCUGAGGUUGUCUAACGCACGUACCCCAAACCCAGAUUUCGGCAUAUCUUCAGAACCAGGCAGCCCUACAAAAGUGAAUAGAGGAACAUUUAAAGUCACAAAGCCUGAUGCUGAAAAGGACUAUCCGGUAGUUGAUACUACUAGCAAGGAAGAUGAUGCCAAGAUGAACCUCAGCUUGAACAACAUGCUUGGUUUGACAACAGAAUAAAGUUUAAGUAAAACCAGGA